UGCGCAUUACAAGGCUAGUGAUUUGGCGACGUGUACCCGGUGUGUGGAAGUGUUUAGGUUUCUCAACUCAGCUGGGGAACAGUCUGUUAAAAGAUCCCCGUAAAGCCUCUGAAAACCCAAACCAUGGGAGGAUCUCAGAGCGUGGAGAUACCAGGAGGAGGUUCAGAGGGUUACCACGUCCUCCGGGUUCAGGAGAACUCACCAGGACAUCGGGCCGGACUGGAGCCUUUCUUUGACUUUAUUGUCUCCAUCAAUAACUCCAGAUUGAACAAAGACAACGACACCUUGAAGGACUUGCUCAAAGCCAAUGUAGAAAAGCCAGUGAAGAUGCUUGUGUACUCGUCAAAGACCCUGGAGCUUCGGGAGACCACGGUGACUCCCAGCAACCUGUGGGGAGGCCAGGGCUUGCUUGGUGUAUCAAUCCGCUUCUGCAGCUUUGAAGGAGCAAAUGAGAACGUCUGGCAUGUCCUGGAAGUGGAGCCUAACUCCCCAGCAGCCCUCGCUGGCCUGCGGCCGCACACCGACUACAUCAUUGGAGCCGACACCGUUAUGAAUGAGUCAGAGGACCUUUUCUCUCUGAUAGAGAGCCAUGAGGCUAAGGGUCUGAAGCUCUACGUAUACAACACAGACACAGACAACUGCAGAGAGGUUGUCAUAACACCCAACAGUGCCUGGGGAGGGGAUGGCAGCCUUGGAUGUGGGAUUGGCUACGGAUACCUCCACAGGAUUCCCACCCGUCCUUUUGAGGAAGGGAAGAAGAUCAGCUUCCCUGCAAAUUCCUCUACAGAGCCCGUCAGUCCAAUAAAAGAUGGAUUCACAGAGGUCCAGCUUUCAGCUGUAACGUCUCCAUCUUCCACACCUGCCGUCUCAUCCGGCUUCGAAGAUGCACUUUCUAGCAUGUCUAUCAGCUCCGCUCCACCCCCCAUGCCCAGUGAGCUGCAGACAGGCCUGCCCACAGUCCCUCUCCUUCCCUCCACCUCGAGCUCCUCCUUCGUUCCCCUCCCUCCACUGAAUCCUGCUGCCACCGGUUUUAACCCAGCCACAACGCUACCAGGCCUAAUGCCUCUCCCAGGAGGACUACCUCCGCUCCCCAACCUUCCCAACCUGAACCUGCCACUCCCAGACCUCAGUGCUGUGUCCCUGGCAGGAACCAGCUCCAUACCAUCAGUAGCAGGAACAACAGUCCCCUCUCUGGCUCAUCUGCCGCCCCUUUCCCUACCAGUUCUGGGUCAGUUCCCCCCUCUGCUUUCCAACCCCCCUCUGCUCUCUCAGACUGCGGCCCCCUUCGUGCCGGCCUCCGUCACAAUCACAGCAGCGCCCGCCACCGGCCAGGCCAUUGUUGCCACAGAGGCAGACUCCACAAAGGCCACAGAAUCUCCGGCCCCUACGGAUAAAACACUAACGCCAUCGUAAUGUCGCCAUUACACUUUAACGCGUCGGAUUUUUCAUUCUUUCUCCCAUUUUUCUUUCAGGUUUUUUUUUAUUUUUAUUUAUUUGGCGAAGAGAGAGCUGGCAACAGUGCAGACACGUUUCUAGCUGAGAAAGCCUGGUUAGGGCCGAGGUAGUUCUAGAUCAAUCUGUCCAACAUGUCUGUGUUGCCAGAUUGUCAUACAGCAGAACUGGUAGCAUUGCAGCAUGUCAAAGCUACUAUACAGAGAAGAUUGCUUCACACUUCUGCAGUCAACACUUUAUUUUUCCCCUUUUCUUAACUGCCACCUCCAUGUUUUUUUUUAUUAUAUAACCAUUGUAUAUUAUUGGGGCUGGAAGAUGAGCAGAAUGUUUUCAUGAUUAAGUGGGACAAGAUAAACUCCUGCACUGCUGUAUUAAAAAAAUAUAUACGUAAUUGUAAACAGGUAGAUUUUGCCCUACUGUUCAGCUCCAUUGAGUAACCUUUUUAUUAGCCAACAGACCCCCGCACGGAUUUAAUUAACACAUACUAAUUUAGAGGUUUCACAGAAUGAAUUUGUAUUAUUCUGCACCACUCUUUGUUCUUUAAAACGAUUAGUCCCUUCCUAUGUCUCCAUGUGUGUGCAGAACUCUAUAAUACACAGUAUGUCAGUGACGGGCUUGAAGGUCACGCCAGAGGAGGCCAUGGUUCUCAUGGACUUAAGCCUCUGAGCUGUUUGGGUACCCCUGCUUGGAACGGUCACAGUUGCAGUACAGCCACAAGGUGUCUCUGUAAAAACUCUGAAUACAUCUGCAGAAUGCUCAGUGCAAGCAAUAAAGCCAAAUGAAUUUUA